AGCCCGCACUGUAUAAAGUUACCUGCCUGUCCCUAUUCAUCAUUCUACACUGAGGACACUGGAAAGACUUUGAAGGGUUCCAUUCGAGAAAAUACCACAAAUGGGCAAAAGUAGUCGUUUAGCUUAAUUCACCGAGUCUUGUCAACAGACCCUCACCUGCCUUUGGUGUUUUUCAACAUCAUCAAACGCCAAAUAAAAAAGGUUUCCCAUCUUCCAUCUUUGAAAGGGUUUGAGGUAAAGGUUUAAGAAAAUGGCAUCAAUUCCAUCCACUGGCUCUCUCAUCGCCACCCAUGAUUACUAUAGAAGGCGCAUAGGAUCCACCUCUAGCAACAGCUCCUGUGGCAGUUCUGAGUACGCUGGCGAAGUCAUUCCACACCCCCCAGGUCUGCAGAGACAAGACUCUGGUCACUGGUGGUCUUCUUUCUUCUUCCCAAACAAACAGAACCAGCCUGGCAGCAUGGUUGGAUCUGAACAGAAGAGUGGAACGUACACAGUGGCCAACGGUCAGGUGGCGUGUAUCGCCAGGGAGAUGGUGUUGAAGAAGCAGCUCAGUAGGCAACUCGCUGAAAGCAGCGACUCUGGGAAGGUGGAACCUGGGAGCCCACCACCCUCCUAAUUCCAUCUUCUCUUCUCCCCAAACCCUUCUCUUCAACACCCAACAUCCCACUCCUCAUCACCCCACACCUUGAGUCUAAUCUAGGAAAUUGAGGCGGCUGAGAUUUUUUUACCUUUUAGUGAUGGAGGCUGCUUUUCCUCCCUCUGUUUAUAAAUAAUAUAGCUUUUUAUAAUUAAAGACAAAAAAAUCCUAACAAAUUACUUUACCCAGUAUUUCUCUGAUGUCAUGCUUUUUGUUGUUGAAUAAAUCAAAGUUCUUGCAAUGCA